UUUCGUUUCUUUUAGCGGGUAGAACAUGACUGGCUAACAUCAAGCAGCUAUCAAAUCCCGAGCUUUUGAUAAUGAAAAAACCACUUUUUCUUUUCAUUGUUCCCCAGAUCUUCGCUUUUUAAUCUUCGAACGAGGAGGAAGAAUCUGUGAAGAUUCCAUCCAUGGCCUGGUUUAGGAAUCUCAAGCAACUUUCAUCCACUAAAGCAUCACUCAGAUUCAAAAAUCCACACCCAUUUUUUCCUUCCACGGCGCCGUUCGCUUUCCUCCUCUCUCAUUUUAGCUCUCAGGCUAGCUCCGAUGCGGUGGUGGCUCAGCCGCCGGGUCUCGGACCGACGGCAGAAGGCGAGAAGCCGAGGGUGGUGGUUUUGGGAUCUGGUUGGGCAGGUUGCAGAUUGAUGAAGGGAUUGGACACUAGCAUAUACGAUGUCGUUUGCGUUUCGCCUCGCAACCAUAUGGUAUUCACUCCUCUUCUAGCUUCCACCUGUGUUGGAACUCUGGAAUUCAGAUCCGUCGCCGAACCAAUCGGCCGGAUUCAGCCUGCCAUUUCUCGCGAACCUGGUUCCUAUUUCUUCCUUGCAAAUUGUACUGGCGUUAACACCGAUGAACAUGUGGUGCAAUGUGAGACGGUCACUGAUGGAUUGAACACUUUGGAACCAUGGAGGUUUAAAUUAUCGUAUGACAAGUUGAUCAUAGCUUUGGGAUCCCAGCCAUUAACUUUUGGGAUUCAUGGUGUCAAAGAACACGCCAUUUUUCUUCGUGAGGUCUAUCAUGCCCAGGAAAUUCGUAGGAAGCUGCUUUUGAACUUGAUGUUGUCUGAUGUUCCUGGCAUCUCAGAGGAAGAGAAGCGUCGGCUUCUACACUGUGUUGUUGUUGGCGGAGGUCCAACUGGAGUAGAAUUCAGUGGGGAACUUAGUGAUUUUAUCAUUAAGGAUGUUACUCAAAGAUAUGCUCAUGUGAAAGAUUAUAUCCAAGUUACUUUGAUCGAGGCAAAUGAGAUAUUGUCUUCCUUCGAUGAUCGCCUUCGGCACUAUGCUACUAAGCAAUUGACAAAGUCCGGAGUUCAACUCGUACGCGGCAUUGUAAAAGAUGUUAAACCUCAGUCCAUCAUUCUCAAUGAUGGCUCUGAGGUUCCUUAUGGGCUGUUAGUUUGGUCUACUGGUGUUGGGCCCUCACCUUUUGUAAAUUCCUUGGAUGUUCCAAAGUCUCCUGGUGGCAGGAUUGGUAUAGAUGAGUGGUUACGUGUUCCUUCUGUGGAAGAUGUGUUCGCAAUAGGCGAUUGCAGUGGUUUCCUAGAGAGUACAGGGAAACAAGUUCUUCCAGCUUUGGCCCAGGUAGCAGAGCGGCAAGGCAAAUAUUUAGCAGCCUUGAUGAAUAAAAUUGGUAAAGAAGGUGGCGCACGAGCAAGUAGCGGAAAAGACUUGGAACUUGGCGCGCCUUUUGUCUACAAGCACCUCGGAAGCAUGGCAACUAUUGGAAGAUACAAGGCUCUUGUCGACCUUAGGCAGAGUAAAGAAGCAAAGGGGUUAUCCAUGGCGGGGUUCAUCAGUUGGUUCGUUUGGCGUUCGGCUUAUCUAACGCGUGUCAUAAGCUGGAGGAACAGAUUGUAUGUGGCAGUGAACUGGGCAACAACUUUCAUCUUUGGUCGUGAUAUAAGCAGAAUAUAGAAUUGGAGGUAAGAACUCAACAUCCCCUUUCCACGUACUAAAUAUCAUGUGCCGUACUUUCAUUGCCACAGAUUGUAUGUAAAUCUGAAUGAUGGCUGUUCGAAUGCUAUUUCUCAUCAGAAGCACACUGUAUAGUUUGUUAAAUCCAAAGCAUUAGUGCAUGUUGUUAGAAAUCCAAAUGAAGCCAAUCAUUGGAAAUUUAA